AUAGUGGGAGACUGAAAUUGUCUCUUGGAGGAGGAGAAGAGAAGAAGAAGAGAAGACAACAGAUGGCGUCGUCAUCAUCAUCAUCAGCCGCUAUGCGAGAAUUACAGCGGGAAUUAGAGACCAAAGCUAACGAUCUCAGCAAACUCCAAAAAGACAUUUCAAAGAACCACCAAGUCAGAAAGAAGUACACUAUUCAACUUGGCGAGAACGAGCUCGUCCUCAAGGAGUUGGAUCUGUUGAGGGAAGAUGCCAACGUGUUCAAAUUGAUUGGUCCAGUUCUUGUGAAGCAGGAUUUGGCCGAGGCAAACGCAAAUGUGCGCAAGAGAAUUGAUUAUAUCUCUGCUGAAUUGAAGCGUCUUGAUGCUACCCUUCAAGAUCUAGAAGAGAAGCAAAAUAGCAAGAAAGAGGCGGUUUUUAAAUUACAACAAAAGAUUCAAGCUCUACAGCCUGGAAAAGCCAAAGCAUAAUAUCCAUUAUGUGCACAUUUUAAGGGCAGUCAUUUUUUUAUCUUUUAGAUGUUUGAAUAUUUAGCUUCUCUCCUGCUUGUCUCUAGUUGAAACUGUAGUGCACAUUACAAAUCCUGGCUGUUGUCACUCUGCUUUUGUGGGCUGUUUUUUUUAUGAAAAAUAUGGUCUCCUUUUUUUUUUUUUUUUUUUUUUUGUUUGUAUCUGGCCACAACUUUACUUAAUACAGACAGGUUUAUUAAACUGAUCAAUGAACCUAUGAUGCCAAGGGUUUUUUA